AUGAUCGCUACCCGCAAAGAAGUCAACGCUUCCACUUCAAUCCCCCAAGUCGUUGACCACGCCCGUGGAAGUAAACCUUUCCCAAAUACUGUCAUCGCCAACCUGGAGCCAAUCGUAACUGACUUGGUGAAAAGAGCACUGUCUAACCCAGCCACAUGGCCUGGUGGGCAGCCGGCCACUCCUGUCUGCUCCCUCGCCCCCUGUACGCCGCCGCUUGAUACGGAUGAGCUAGAAAAGCAGUUAAUAUACGCUGCUGGUACCAGGGGUCAGUCAGAUCCCGAGGAUUCUGGCAUUUUCGAGACCAGUGUUGUGGCUGAGAAGCGAAAUGGUCCUAAUCUUCAAUCUGAAGCUGAUAUGCCGUACAUCCCUCCGCCUGAGUUUGUCACGAUGACCCAGUUGAAAGAGCUUUUCGAAGCUGUCCUUGAACAUAAGCCUCAAUCUACUUCCGACGGUGUGGAGAUUGGCCCAGUAGCGAACGACCAGAACAGAGAAAGGGUUCGAGUAUCCAGGCCAGACUUUAAAGUCAUAUUGGAGACGUACACAUCCAACUACAAAAUUGUUGAGUCGACAGGGAUCGAAAAAGAGUUGGAUAGCCUGGAUGAAUAUGUCUUUGUCGUCCGUAACCGUGUUGAUAAGAUGUCCGGCGAGACUACAAAUUUUAUAGACGUCAAGUCAGAAGCCCUCAGGGAUAUCUUUCGGGUCGUACUGCAAAAUGUCCGGGCAGCGAGUUUGAUGGAGGACAAGCCAUCGAUUGAGCAAAACAUCCUAUUUCACUUCCUACCGGAACUCCUCGACUACAUACAAAAGAUCAAGGGCGCCGAAGAUGACAACCGGGACCCCAUACAGCUGGAGCAUCUCACACUGUUUACUAAUUAUAUGAAAGAAGCAUGCGCUUCCACCUCACAGAGAGUUAGCUCUCUUUUGCAGCAUCGAAAAAUUACAUACGAUCUUCUCUGGGCGCUCUUCAAGCCCGGUGGCCUCGUAUACUCCACCUGCUUUGGAACCGGUAAACCCAGGUACCUGGACUUUGACGGACGAGACUUCGGCGAGGCAGGCGUCACACUUGGAAUUGAGACGUUCCGGGGAGCCAAAGUGAUUGACUCGCUUGAGGCUUUCCCUCUAGAUUACCACCCUGACUCCAAACAGGUCCGCCACCGUCUCGCCGAGUGUGGUCGAAAAUUCUGCAAGUUAACUGGCACCCAUAUUCAGCAUUGCGAUGGCACUGCUUUUAUCAUGAGGGAGGGGAAACCGGUUCAACUAAACAUCAGUAGUCGAGUGGCAGUGGAUGCUGCCUUUUUCACACAGAUGAAACCAAAUUACUCCAGGCCUCGCAUUCAAGACAUACGGCAGAACAAGAGUUCAGGAAUAAAUGUACUUGAUCUGGAAACCUUGUUUGGAGGUCAGGCGAGCGAAAUCAUGCAACAGAAGGGCGUGGAAGUACAACAGAUGACAGAUGAUGAUUUCGCUGUCUGCUCUCCCACUGUUCGAUGCUUUAGCUUCAGGGAAAAAGUAUUCCUCUCUGAUCUUCAUGAGGUGGAAUGGUCUCCAGAGUCAUUCCAGUGCCUCAGAAUCCCACAAAGUGCGAAGAAAAUACUCCUGUCUCUGGUAACUACCCGCCUGGGUCUGAUUCCGACAGUGCCAUUCGAUGAUGUUAUCGAAGGGAAAGGGCGUGGGAUCAACAUACUCUUACAUGGUCCCACGGGUGUUGGAAAGACAUUCACUGUUGAGGCAACAGCAGAGUGGUUCAAGCUCCCUCUUUAUUCCAUAUCGGCCGGUGAAUUGAUUGUGGAACACGGCGACCCUCGUGCACUGGAGCGUCAGCUUGACGUCAUAUUUAAGAUCGCAAAACAUUUUAAUGCGGUUCUUCUCUUGGACGAAGCAGAUGCAUUUAUGGAACGACGUACCUCCUAUAUUGAUGGGCAUAAUCGCCUCUUGACUGUUUUCCUUCGCAAAUUAGAAUACUAUGAAGGCAUUCUUUUCCUCACUUCGAACCGGGCCAUUGACUUUGAUGACGCCAUAUUGAGCCGAAUCCAUCUUAAAGUCAAAUAUGAAGAUCUCACGAAAGAAUCUCGACGAGAAAUCUGGGAGCAUUUCCUCUCCAAAGCCUACACCCCUAAAGGAUCUAGCAUCUUCGAAGUCGAUGACCUCAAGCGCUUGGAUUCCAUUUCUUUAAACGGACGAGAGAUCAAAAACCUGGUUUCCAUCGCACAUUCACUGGCUACAGUCGACGACGAAUGCAUGAGCUAUAAGCACGUGGAAACAGCGGCAAAGUCGAAUGAAAAAUUUAUGAACGACUUCAGUAAAUCAGAGCAUCUAGAGAGCAUGUACACCUAA